CUCGAUUGGUGGUAGACAAUACCUCGAUCACUAAAUCUCCGUAUUAAGUCCAUGGUGAAUUUGAUGUCUUCAGCCUUACCCCUUUCAUUGUACGGUCGAAACCAUCCAUCUUCCCAGCACAAUCGAUAUUGAGAUCUAUUCGAAGAUGCCUGAUAUCCUCGUAGCAACCGGCAAUAUCACCGCGACAAAUGACCUACCUUCCAGUGGCUACAAGAGUUCCACAAUUAUGAUCCCUAUCUCCUUCUACAAGCCGCCAGGCAACGAAAAUCUUCUAAGGGUAGAACCACCUCAGCCUGGCGGUUUUAUCGACCUGCUGCCAUCGGUCUGGACAAAGGGAUACGUGUGGUACUGCUGGGACAAGGGAAAUAAAGUGGUCAAGUGGGUUACUACAACGGGAAACGGAUGCUGCCAGCAGCAAUCAUUCAAUAUCUAUACUGAAGGUAUACCGUCUGCUUCAUCUCCAGUACCUACCUCGACGGUCGCAAGCACAACGACUGGACUCAGCGGAAGAGCGGCCGUAACGUCAGCACCCACCAUAGGCUUAACAGCUACAGGACCCGCUGCAACAAGUAUGUCGACAACAAAGCCAUCAAAAUCUGAGGGUCUUGGAGGAGGCGCUUUCCGUGGUGUAGCCAUUGGCUGCCUGGUUGCUGGAGCUCUGAUUGCGGGUCUCAUCUUGUGGGCCUGCUACGGCAAACGUCGAGGACGUCAUGGAGUAAUGUCGUACACGCGACCGCUUCACGGUGGAAGCCCGCUAAUGUCGGGUGCGGACGCUGCUUACCCGCAACCUCUGGAAGAUCAGGCCAUCUCCGGAGAGAUGUCGAAGAUUGGUAACUUGAUCAAGAACCACGUACAGAGCUACUACCACAGCAAACCUGUGACAUACGAGCUCCUGGACCACGACGAUAUCAUAGCAUUAGGACAUGAUCUGCCGGUCUCCGCUGGGACCUUGAGCACCUUACUCGACAAUGUAGCGACUAGGGAGGUAGCAUUGAGGUUCUUUAUCGCCUGGGCUAUCAUUGCCAGACUGCAGAGUUACAAAAAGUCUUCGGAGAGUCUCUUGCCACCCGAAUUGUGUGCGCCUAUGCGCGAGAUCUCAAGUAUAGACACUGGUGACAAAGGUGAAUCUCCUCUUAACUUCUUCUCUCGUACAAAGCUAACUUUCCCAGCACACACCCUGAAGGCAGCUCACUGGCGAGCUACAACUGCAGAGUUGAUGCACUCCACCUACGUCCGUAAUCCAUUGACAGCGUCAGAUUCGCGGAACGCUGCUAUCCUUGGGUUAGCACAGAUUCUGGACAGCAUACUUCAGCCAUUUGCCGGUUCACGCAUGAAUAACCAGGAGCGCAAACAUAAUUUGAACGAGGUUCUCAAAAGAUCUGCGCUUUUUGCGUUUACAAUUUUCUCACAGCCGAGCUCAUGGGACUUUGAUUGGAAGGAAAAGCAGGAAAUUAAGUCUGGUGGAUUAUGCAUCUUCCCCGCUCUUGUACAAGCGACGAACGAGGCUGGAGAACGUGUCAGACCACCCAGAUCUUUCAGCGAGGCUGUGAUCAGGAGGCUGGAAGGUUGACGAAAGCCACCAUCCCACCCCUCCUGAACGUUGUAACAGCAGGAAGGCAACAAUAAAUGACAUUUGUUGGAUGAGCUAUUUCUAGAACAGCAAGAGUAAUGUAUCGCACCACAACUGGGCGUGGUAAUCGAG